AUGCUCCUUGCUAAAUCAUACAAGCGCAGUUUGGAAUGGAGAAAUGAAUUAGAUUUAUAUAAAAGUGGCCUUCAAGUUUGUCCAAAUAAUGCAAAAAUUCAUUAUAAUAUAGCAAAAAUUAUGGCUGAUAAUGGUGAUAUCAAUCGUGCAACUGUUAAUUAUGCUAAUGCUAUAAGGCUAAAUCCUACCUAUGAAAAUGCAAUGAAUAAUUUAGCAAAUAUCUAUCUUAAGUAUAAUCGAAAUAUUGAAGCUGAACAACUUCUUCUUAAAGCGAUCGAAAUAAAACCAAAUUUCGCUGCUGCAUGGAUGAAUCUUGGACUUGCACAAUUAGCACAACAACGAUAUAAAGAUGCAGAAAAUAGUUUCGAACAAGCACUUAGUUUACGUUUUCCGUAUCCGGAUUGCUUAUAUAAUAUGGGUUUACUUUAUUUGCAACAGGAUCAGAAAACUUAUGCAAAGGAAAUUUGGCAAAAUAUUACCAGAAUAAAUCCUAAUCAUAAACAAGCUUGGUUAAAUUUACUGAUAUUACUCGAUGAGACAAAUAAUUGUGCGGAAGUAAUAAGCUUAUCUGAUCAGAUACUUCGUUAUCACGGCAAUGAUGCAUCAAUUCUUUCUCAACUUGGUACCUGUUAUGGUAAACUUGGCGAAUAUAUUAGCGCUGAAAAGUUUCUUCUAUCAGCGUUGAAGCUUCAACCAACAACAAUAAUUUAUUGGAGAAAUAUUGGAACACUUUAUCAUCGUUGGAAUAAAUUUGAAAAGGCAAAAUUUGCAUAUUUGAAAGCAUUUCAAUUUCAACAACAAUUUCAAAGCGUUCAACGACGAGAAGAAUAA